GCCCCUCCCCUCUCCCUGGGCAGCCCAGUUUAGGUCCUGGCUGCACGUGUCAGUGUUUGGGUACGUGCAGCAGCUGAAGGGUUGGGAAAGUACCAGCAGAGGGUUAAGUUGUGGGCGUGGCAGCCAAGGGCUUUAAAUUCUCAACCACUGGGGCAGGCCAGUGUAUUCGUAUCUGUCAUUCUGCAGCGACCCUCCUACCAAUCUGCAUUCUCAGGGCCUCUUGUCAUCUGCGUUAGGCGGAAGAUGCUGUUGCUUGAUUGCGACCAGGAGGCGGAAGGUCUGGAGCAGCUGCUGCAGACAGGGUGCUCCGUCAAUGCACCCCCGGAUCCCUGUGAACAGUCGCCUGUCCACUUAGCUGCAGGUGGUGGCUUUGCUUACUUUCUUCUCUGGCAGCUGCAGACAGGCGCUGACCUCAACCAACAGGAUGUUUUGGGAGAAGCUCCACUCCAUAAAGCAGCUAAAUUUGGAAGCCUGGAAUGCCUUAGCCUGCUUGUAGCCAGUGAAGCCCAGAUUGAUUUGUGUAAUAAGAAUGGGCAAACAGCUGAAGAUCUUGCUUGGUUAUAUGGAUUUCCAGAAUGUGCCAAGUUUCUUACAACAAUUAAAUGUAUGCAGAUGAUAAAGUCAAGUGAACAACCCACUAAAGAUUACCGUGUGCCAGUGCUCAGACAGAAACGAAGUUUUGGAAAUACAGAAUAUAUAAAUGAGAAAAGAAAGUGUUGGCUUUCUCCUGGAAACCAGAUCCGAAGUUUUUUAAGAGGGAAAUGAGUAGAAAGGGUGUCAAACAGCAAGUACACGGGAAUAGUAGAAGUCUGGGAAGAAAAAACUGCCAAACAGCAAACAGCUGCCUCCUCUUCAAGAUGACUGGCCGGGGAAUGUCAAAAGAGCUCCACAGGAAGGCGGAGUCUAGAGAAGGCAGCACGUGCCUGAGGCCUCCUAUACUGCUGCAGCCUGGUGACAAUCAAGAUUUUACUGACUGGCUGCACCUUGGCUUUAUGUGUGUACUACUGGAUCAAGGGUGUUUUGCAGCUGCAAAGUUCUAUGGAAACAUAAAUAGCAAAGGAAGAAAGUAUUUCUCAGUACAGUUGGGGGUGACUAUGCUUCAGGAAACCUCAUCUAGAUUAUCCCAUCUAGUACAAAGCCAGCCAGAAAGAAGCAAUCUUAUUACCCCUGGUAACUCUUUAGAUGAAAAUAAAGGCUUCUCUUUCCUUGCUAGAAUUGAAAUUCCUAGCUUCUCUGCUGAUUCAUUACCGUUAGAACUGGACAGUCAUCCUUGCCAUUCAUGGCUCUAAGUGGGUCCUCCAUAUACUGUCAGCAUGUGAAUUCAUUGUAGAAGAAUAAUUUUUUUGAGAAUCCUGUUUUUUUUUUUUUUGUAGCAAAGAUCGAACUCAUGACCUUGCACUUGCCAGGCUAAGUCCCUGGCCCACGAAUCCUUUCUUUCUCUAUCCUUUUUCACUGGACCAUGAGCUCCUGAAAAAUCUUUUAAAACCUCCAGGGCUCAGGACACUGGCUGACACAUACUGACUACUUACAUGUUUUGUUUUGUUUUUUAUUAUUUCUUUUUUUGAGACAGGGUCUCA